ACGAUUUAUACGCAACUCAUACGACUAAAUUAAUUAUGAUUUUACAUGAGGAUCAUUUCUCUAGGAAUUAAUAACCCUCUGUCUUUCUAUGUAAAGCUUCAAAUGCCAAAAUGAGAGCUACUUCUCGAUUGCUUCAAGCCUGUAGGAUCACGCUGUUCACGCGUGAAAACUGCGGGCUUUGUACCACGGCUAGGUCAGUUCUCUCUGACGUCUGGGACACCCGGCCUUUCCAGUUCAAGGAGAUCGAUAUCAUCAAAUCAGAAUCCAAGCCUAGUUGGCGAGAUCUAUAUGAGUUUGACGUCCCUGUGAUACACAUCAGCAAGUCUUCAGCUCCGGAAGAACACCCACAGUCAGCGUCGAAAUCCAUUAAACUCAUGCAUCGAUUUACCAUCGACCAGGUAAAAGAUAAGAUGGAUCUAGCCGAGAAAGCUUAAUUAAAAUGGUCUAUUAUAUGACAUCGCUUAUUAUCUCAUAUAGACAUAUAGAUACGAGUAUAUCCUUUCGCUGCCCUCCAUGAGUAGGGACAGAGAAAUGCUAGUUCCCCCACUCCUUU